AUGGCGGGCGAGGCGCGUAAGGCGGGCGGCAAGCCGGCGAGGCGGAGCAAGGACGGAGGGGACCAGGCGGACGCGCUCUACACCUCAGACGUGUUCCGAAUGUACUGCUACAAGGUGCUGCCUUGCACGAAGUCUUACAACCACAACUGGAAGGUGUGCCCGUUCGCGCACGAGGGCGAGAAGGCGCGCCGGCGGGACCCGCGCACCGUGCGCUACGUCGGCAUCGAGUGCCCGGACAGCAAGUCGGGCAGGUUGUGCCCCCGGGGGGAGGCGUGCCCCUUCGCGCACAACGUGUUCGAGUACUGGCUGCACCCCACCAGGUACCGCACCCAGCUUUGCAACGAGCCCGCCACCUGCCGCCGCAAAGUCUGCUUCUUCGCCCACAUGCUGCAGGAGCUGCGCAAGCCCUCGCUGGAGGAGUUCGUGAUGAUGCCGGCGGGCAGGGCGGCCGAUGAGAAGGGCGGCGGGGCCGGUGGGCCGCAGGUGGUGCGCGCGACGGGCGCCUCCGGCGCGCUGGAGGCUGCGGCCAAGGCGCAGGAGGCGCUCGCGCAGCAGCAGGCCAGCCUGAGGAUGGGGAUGCACGGCGGAAUGCAGCCGCCUUCGCCUUAUGAGAACCCCUUCGACCAGAGCCAGCAGGCUUUCCAGAUGGGCGACCCCUCCCUGGGCGGCGGCAUUGCGCCCACGCCCAUGGACGACGCCCUCAAGGACCUGGCCGCCUGGUUCGGCCAGCAGAACGGCGCGCCCUCCGCGCCCCCCGCGCUUCCCCGCGAGAACGGCCAGGCCAUCCGCCUCCUCACGAUGCUCCAGGAGCUGAUCAAGACCCAGCAGCAGCAGCAGCAGGGCGGCGAGGCAUGCACCCCCAACAGCGGCAGCAGCGGCUCGAGGGGCUCGCCGUCGCUGCCGCAGCAGUUCCCAUCCGGCCUGCUGUCCAGGUUGUCGAUGGAUGGGCUGACAUCGGCGCUGCAGGGCCAACUGAGCCUGGGGGCCAACACGCACGUGCCGCAGCACUGGGUGCAGGCGACGGCCCCAUCGCAGGCAGAGACCCCGCCAGCCAGGCCGGCAUGCAUGCACGUCCAGGCGCUGCCCGAGCGCCAGGGCCUGCUGUGGGGCCACGGCAGGCCAGAGCUGAGGAAGCGCCUGUCGCUGGACAGCCACCAUGGGGGGCGGCAGUUCUGA